GGAUGAGUGGUUGCCACUUUUACUUGGAAAGAAAAAUCACUAUCAUUUGAUGCUCUCUGGUAGCUUGUGAUAGGAUUUGGUGAUUUUGUUUGUAUCAAAGAAUGGAUCGCUGUGAUACAUCAGGAUUUGUUAGCGGAGGGUGCAACUGUUCUUUUGGAAACCCUUGAAUGGACAUACUAUAGAUUAGCUCUUCCUCUUUUUGCCCUAAACCUUAUACCCAAAAUCUUUCAACCCUAUUUCUAAAAUUGAGAGUUCUCUUCUUGAAUUCCUGUUAGUGUUCCUGGUUCAUGGACAACACUCAUUUGCAUUGUACUCCUUUGUUUGAAAGUACUGGAGUCAAGAGAAAAUCUGACGCCUUCGGUUUCACGAGAAACGUGUCACUCAGUCUGGGACUAGGCAACUCAUCAAGUUAUUCAACUCCCUUAUUAUCACCGGGAAAGGAAGCGGAACAUGAUUCGUCCAUCAGUCUUGGUCUAACCAUUGACCUUAAUUGGGCUGACAAUACGGCUCAAAACAAAACAAAAGGUUCUACAUUAGAGAAUGGAAGAUCCCAACUGGACCUUGAACUGAGCCUUUUAACUGGUCUAACCGAAUCAGGUACCACUACUGUCACCCAACAUGUGGAUGAAGGUUCAACAUCAUCUAGAUGGAAGUCUGGACCUCCUUUGCAGACUAUGGAGAUAAACCCACCUGUAUAUAUGCAUCACGUUGAUCCUCCCCCACGGAGACGUAAUGCGAGCACAAAAACUUGCCAAUUCGAAGGGUGUACGAGGGGUGCUAGAGGUUCAUCUGGACUUUGCAUAGCUCACGGAGGUGGAAGAAGGUGCCAGAGGGAGGGCUGUCAAAAAGGAGCAGAAGGAAAAACGGUGUUCUGCAAGGCUCACGGUGGGGGGCCGCGCUGCCAAUUCCUUGGGUGUACCAAAAGUGCCGAGGGCCGAACAGACUUUUGCAUCAAUCAUGGCGGCGGCCGGCGCUGCAGUCAUGGAGGCUGUACUAGAGCUGCAAGAGGUGGGUCCGGCUUGUGCAUCCGGCACGGCGGCGGCAAGAGGUGCAAGGUGGAGAGUUGCACGAAGAGCGCUGAGGGAAUCACUGGUCUCUGUAUCUCCCAUGGUGGAGGCCGCCGUUGCCGGUACCCUUUGUGUACGAAGGGUGCUCAAGGGAGUACGCAGUUCUGUAAAGCUCAUGGCGGUGGUAAGAGGUGCACAUUUCUAGGGUGCACCAAGGGCGCUGAGGGGAGCACUCCGUAUUGCAAAGGGCACGGUGGUGGCAAGAGGUGCACUCGUGUAGGGUGCACGAAGAGUGUGCAUGGCGGCACUUCAUUUUGUGUCGGUCAUGGUGGAGGAAAGAGAUGUGCGGUGGCGGAGUGCUCUAAGAGUGCAAGGGGUCGUACUGACUUCUGCGUUCGGCAUGGGGGUGGUAAAAGGUGCAGAUUUGAAGGGUGUAGUAAGAGUGCACAGGGGAGUACUGAUUUCUGCAAGGCACAUGGUGGGGGCAAGCGUUGCUGUUGGGGAAAGAUAGGGCCCGAGGUUGGAGAUAAAACUGCCACUCAGUGUGAGAAAUUUGCAAGAGGGAAGUCGGGACUUUGUGCUGCCCAUUGUGCCCAGAUGAUGGACAUACAAAUACAGGGUAGUGCCCCAUUAGUUCAAGUGCCUCCACAACCCUUCACCCUUGGAAGUAUAAAUGGAUUUACUGCUAGCCAUCCAAAUGGAACGACUGAUGAAGUGAUUCACCCACAAGUUAAGUUGGUAGCCGAAAAUGUUUCAGCGAGUGAACUUUCACUUCCAGAAGGCCGAGUUCACGGGGGUAGUUUAAUGGCCGCAAUUUUGGGAGGUACUACCAAAGCUAAUCAAGCCAUUAUUCCAUCAUCUUCAUCAGGGCAUGAAAAAGCUUCUGUUGUGCUUCGUAGCUGGGUGUAAAGCAUAAUCUCUUUAUGGUGUGAAUUACUGAUUAGGUAGGUCUUGUCCGGUAGAUAUUUUUACUCUCCAGCUUUGAGUUGUUAUGCAUUUUUUAUUUAUUAUUGAUAGUUUGGUAAUAAUUGGUAUUGGUAUAGGGCUAAAGGUCAAUUUAGAGUCUUGUGUGCUAUGUAAAUAUGCAUAUUGGUCAAACAGUGCUUCCGAAUUUGGUUUCUUUUUGCAUUUUGCAACAUAUUAUAAUAAAUAAAUGCUACAUUUCU